AUGAUUGGAAAACUUCUGUUACCGAUUGCCUUUCUGCUGCUCGUCCAUCCAGCGGUGAAAUGCGAACCGCAAACCAUGCUCAUCGAAUUUCUGGAUCAUCUGCAGAAGAAUCAACCAACCAAAAUCACCGCAUUUCUUUGCUGGGAUAAAAAAAUAUUGGUGCAACUUUGGAAACAACUUAGCGACUUAUCAAUACCAAUUAAUUACGAAACUGAAGAUGUUAGUUAUCAGCAACCUUUGGAACAUCAAUUAUUCCUGCUGGAUUACAAUUGUUCUUUCGGAGAAGACAUUCUAAAUUUGGCUAAUAAAUUGGAUUUAUUCGAUUUCCCUUUUCGUUGGGUUAUUCUCAAUUUACCUUCGAUCCAUAAAGAUUACAACAUGUUCAUCAAUAGUCGAAUCUAUUUAAUCCAAGAUUAUGGGAUUAUAUCACCUUACAAAGUGGCUACAAACAUGCCUUAUAUUUACAACAAUAUUUCGAAUUGGAGAAGAAACAAAUUUGAUGCAAUAAAAACCUUAGUUGAUUCAAACGAUCGUUCCAAUCUAUUCGGUUUACCAAUUAAUAUUAGCAUUGUUUAUUUGUAUGAAGAUACCGUGGAUCAUCUUGAUGAUAUGAUGCAUAGAAAUAUUGAUGCUAUAACCAAACAUAACUAUUUGUUAGUUAAACAUAUAGUUGAAAUUUUGAACGUUACUCCAAGUUACGUUUAUCAAAGAACUUGGGGAACUCCUGAUCCGAAAACUAAGCUGUAUAAUGGAUUGAUGGGGGAUCUUCAAUCGAAAAGUGCAGAAAUUGGAGGAACUGCUUCGUUUUUCACUAACGAUCGAAUUAGUAUUGUUGAUUACGUGGGUUUUACCACUCCAACAAGAGCAAAGUUUAUCUUUAGAGCUCCACCUUUAUCAGCUGUAUCCAAUGUCUUUAUUUUACCAUUUAACACUUGGGUUUGGUACUCUUGCAUGUUGAUGCUUAUAAUCAUCUUCUUUGUGAUCUAUUUUAUUAUAAAAUUCGAGUGGUUGCGAGGAAGUCACAUUUUGAUUCAAGAACACGGAGUGCUGAAACCGACGGUGUUAGAUGUGAUUCAGAUGGAGAUUGGGGCUGUUUGCCAACAAGGUUCUGAAGCUGAGCCUAGGAGUGGUGCAGGAAAGAUUGCUACUUUCCUAGUGUUUCUUUCAUUGAUGUUCCUUUACACUUCAUAUUCAGCUAAUAUCGUGGCUUUGCUACAAUCCACAACCGAUAGUAUCAAAACUCUGGAUGAUAUGUUGAAGUCAAAGAUGACUUUAGGUGUAGAAGAAACGCCGUAUAGUCGUUAUUAUUUUCAGGUAAACUUUCUUAGUAAAAUAAAUGGUCCAACUCAAAAAGCUAUUAGAGAAACCAAAGUAUCUCCUCCAAAUAAACCAUCAAAUUACAUGCCUUUACUUGAAGGCGUGAAGAAGUUGAGAGAAGAAUUCUUUGGUUUUCAUUCAGAAUGUGACACAGUUUAUAAAGUUAUCAGCAACACGUUUUCUGAGAGCGAAAAAUGCGGACUACAAGAGAUUGAAUAUUGGGCAAUACCGGAUCCUUGGGUUCCCAUCAAAAAGAACUCAACAUUCAAAGAGAUCAUCAAAAUUGGAUAUAAAAAGAUGAAGGAAACUGGAGUGCAAAGUAGAAAUUUCGAAAGAAUCUACAGCAAGAAACCGAAAUGCCACAAUCAAGGCGCCAAUUUCAAAAGCGUCAAUCUAAACGACUGUUAUUUCGCCUUCGCAAUCUUCCUUAUUGGUUUCUUCAUAUCCUUGAUGGUCUUCACCAUCGAGCUGAUCGUUGCGAAGAAUUUCCAGAAGACCAGGAUGCGAGCGCCGACGUUUUUACCAAGAAACUAA